GCACUUAUAAAGACAUACCUUCAGGCAUGUAGGUUUCAGACUUCAUACACUCAUUCAGUGACGGUGUUUUCAUGGCUUGUUUCAAGCCAUGUCUAGCAUUCUUUUCUGUCCUUACUUUUCUGAUCAUAAAUGGUGGUCCAUCACAUGUAUUUGCAAAGGUUUUUAUGGUUGUGAUGGAGGAUGACGCAGUCAUUUCCCCCAAAUCAAGCCAGGAGAAAGUAAUGAGAGGUGAGGAAGCUCAGAAGUACAAGAAAAUGACCACAACGAAGCAUGAUAUCUUCCUGGACUCAUUACUCCCAGUUGGAUCUUAUAAGAAGCUAUACAGCUACACCCACCUUCUCAAUGGCUUUGCUGUCCAUGCAGAAUCUGAAGAGACAAUUAAAAUUCUUAGGAAUGCAAAAGGAGUUAGACUCAUCCAAGAAGACAUAAAAAUGGCCAAGACAACAACAUACACUCCGAGGUACAUUGGAGCUAAUGGAGUUUGGCCGCUUCUUGGUGGCGCCGAGAAGUCUGGUGAUGGAGUAGUCAUUGGCAUGGUAGAUACUGGCAUUGACCCUAGUAACCCAAGCUUUUUAAGCACAUCUAGCCAAGCAAAGCCACCGCUUGUCAGUUUCAAAGGAACAUGUCAAACUGGCAAUAGAUUUCCUCCGGAUUCAUGCAAUGGUAAGAUUGUUGGAGCAAGGUGGUUUGCACGUGCUGGUCAAGCAACUGGAGAGUUCAAUGCUACAGUGCACUAUGCAUCUCCUUAUGAUCCUGAUGGCCAUGGAAGCCACACAGCGUCAAUUGCAGCUGGCAAUUUUCAUACACCAGCAAUAUCUAGAGGCUACAAUUUUGGGCAAGCAAGCGGCAUAGCACCAGGAGCUCAUCUUGCAAUCUACAAAGCUGCCUAUUCUUUUGGCGGAUACAUGUCAGAUGUUAUAGCUGCAGUGGACCAGGCUGUAGAAGAUGGCGUUGAUAUUAUCAGUCUCUCACUGGCACCAACUUCUGUUACAUCUGGGCCAGCAUCGUUUCUCAAUUUGCUUGAGACACAACUGCUCCUUGCCACCAAGGCUGGGAUCUCAGUUGUUCAAGCGGUUGGUAAUGGAGGCCCUGAUGCAAAUUCAAUAGUUUCUUUCAGUCCAUGGAUAACAAGUGUUGGGGCAUCCACAACUGACAGGAAAUACAACAAAUCCAUUAUAACUGGAAAUGGACAAGUCUUCUCUUGUGGCGGCCUUUCCCCAUCGACACCAGGUGAAACUAUGUACCCUCUAGCAUUGGCUGAUGAUGUGAGCAACGGGAGUUCGACUGAUGGAUCUUCCAAUUGCCAAGAUCCAAAUGUCUUCAUAAGAUCACUUGUCGAGGGGAAGGUGAUUAUCUGCAUGUUUCCAUCGUCAAACUUCGUCUAUGAAGACGACUUCCUUGCUGGCAUUGUCGACACGAUUCAGAAAAUUGGUGCUGCUGGUGUUAUCUUCACUGACCGUGAUUCAGGCUAUGUCGACGUCGAAUAUCAGCCCACAUUUCCGACAACAAUCCCUUCAGCCAUGGUUCUGAAGGGUGCUGAUGCACAGGCUCUACUGCAGUACUACGAGAACAACUUGGCUCGAGACGCGGAUGGAAGUGUCACCGCGUUUGGCGCGACCGUCCGAAUUCUGGAGGGACGGCGCGCAAGCUACAGCAAGGAAGCGCCCGUCGUCGCUGACUACUCGUCGAGGGGCCCGGACGUGGACAACUUGCAGAUGCAGCCGGCGGACGUCCUGAAGCCGAACGUCAUGGCGCCGGGCCAUCACAUCUGGGGAGCCUGGAGCCCGACAAGCGACGCCAUGGUCGAGUUCCGUGGUGAAAGCUACGCGUUGCUUUCCGGCACAAGCAUGGCCACCCCGCACGUCGCCGGGGUGGUGGCGCUGAUCAGGCAGAGGCACCCCAAGUGGAGCCCCGCCAUGGUCAUGUCGGCGAUCAUGACGACCGCCGACGUCACCGACCGUUCCGGGAGGCCCCUGAUGGCGCGGCGUGACUCGGGCGACCUCGAGCGCGCGACGCCGUUCGACAUGGGCGCGGGGGCCAUCAACGCGGCGCGCGCCGUGGACCCAGGCCUGGUGUUCGACGCCGGGUACAGGGACUACCUGCAGUUCCUGUGCGCCGUGCCUGGCGUGGACGACGCCGCGAUACGGCGCGCGGUGGGCGCGCCCUGCCCGUCGUCGCGGGCGCGGUGGUGCUCGGACCUGAACACGCCGAGCGUGACGGUGGCCAGCCUCGUGGGGUCGCGGCGGGUGGACCGGCGGAUGACGAGCGUGGGCGCGGAGAACGAGACGUACAUGGCGUACGUGCAGGCGCCCGGCGGCGUGGCGGUGCGCGUGUCGCCGGAGGUGUUCACUGUCGCCCCAGGCGCGACGGCCACGCUGAGGGUCGUGCUCAACACCACCGCGCCGGGCAACGCCUUCAGCUUCGGCGAGGUGGUUCUCAAGGGCGACAAGAAGCACACCGUCAGGAUCCCCCUCGCCGUCUACCCCGCCGCAGUGUUGGCCCCGUGACGUAUACAAAUACAAAUAUAUACGUACACGUAUUCGUGUGAAUACGAUACGUACGGUUUCUAGACCUUACAAUGCUGAUCCGACGGUUUCGUCAGGUCGAAGCUUGGAUCGCUAGUCGCUACCAAUCAUGUACCAUGCAAACGGGAAAUCUUAAAUGACAGGUUUCCCGUGUAAAAUUCUCCAAUUGUCAAACUACUCUCCAUCUAGUAGGCCGUC